GCCUGUCUGCCUUCACUAUAUAAAGCAGAAGAGACGUUGACUAUUUCACAUUUGCUAAGAGUACCAUGAGAGCAGCAGCCAUCUCGAUGUCCAAACUAGAUAAAAUGCCAGGAAUGUUCUUCUCGGCUAACCCAAAGGAAUUGAAAAGUACUUCCCUUCUGGAAGACAAAACGCAAAGAAGAAGGCCAAAGACUUUUGGAAUGGACAUGAAAGCUUACCUGAGAUCUAGGUUUCCACAUAUGGAAUCUGGAAUGAAAUCUUCCAAGUCUAAGGACAUACUUUCUGCUGAUGAAGUAAUACAGUGGUCUCAAUCGCUGGAAAAACUUCUUGCCAACCAAACUGGUCAAGAUGUCUUCGGAAAUUUUCUAAAGUCUGAAUUCAGUGAGGAGAAUAUUGAGUUCUGGCUGGCUUGUGAAGACUAUAAGAAAACAGAGUCUGAUCUUUUGCACUACAAAGCAGAGAAGAUAUAUAAAGUAUUUGUGCAUUCAGAUGCUGCUAAACAAAUCAAUAUUGACUUCCACACUCGAGAAUCUACAGCCAAGAAGAUCCAAGAAGCACCAACUCCUACAUGUUUUGAUGAAGUCCAAAAAAUCAUAUAUACUCUUAUGGAAAAGGACUCCUAUCCCAGGUUCCUCAAAUCAGAUAUUUACUUAAAUCUUCUAAAUGACCUUCAGGUUAAUACCCUAAAGUGACUAGACUUGGCUAAAGGAACCUAAAAGAUGGUAUCAAGUAGGUACAGAAGGAAUAUGCCAGUGUGGUUCCCUGGGUGAACAAGUUGGCCCUUUUGGGUGACUUGACAGGCCCAGGGAAAGAACAAAUGACUCAGGAUGGAAUAACAUGAAAGUUACCAAGGCACAGAGUUGAAGAAGCAUAAACAAGACACAAAAUGAGAGACUACAGAAGGAAGGAGAUGCCGUGGUACUGUCAUAAAAAACAGUAGAACUCUGUAUUAGAAAAUCCAUCAGAACUGGGGAUCCCAGGUAACCCUAGUUACACAGAAACUGUGAAUAAAGACUAUAAAACUGAUUACAACAUGCUAUAAGCUUCAAAGUCAACUGACAGCUAUGCAAAUAUUAUUAUAUAUAGUUUAUAUUGAGCUGUUGAAUCUCAUGAACAAACUUGGAUGACUACUUGAAAAGUAUGUGUUUUGAAAUCACCAUUGCUAUUAUUGACAAAAUUAUUUUAGGUGUUGUUUUGUUUGUUUGAUUAUCGCAGGCUUGGAAGAGAUGAGAAAACAGCAUAUUUAACUUAAGCUAUUUCUCUAAAAACCAGUAAGUCAGAAUAUAUUUGUAAAUUAAAUUAUCAGUGCUAACAAUAAAUAUGAAUUUUGUAUUAAAACAUA